UGUACUGAUGUGAUAUUUGAUUACUUUAAUUUGAUUAGGUGCUCGGUUUUUUAAUGGGGUUGAUUGCUAAUUUUUCUAUUUAGCACCCCCAUCGUUGACCUUGUUAUAUAUCUAGGAGGCAGAGAGAUCUCCAGAGAGGAGCAAACUGACAAUGGAAGAAGAAGCUGUUGGGCUUGGGCAUGGUGAUGAGAUCCUGUGGAAAAGCAAUAUUCCUCCACUACUCCUCCUCCUAAUACCCAUCCUCUUCUCCACCAUAUUCAUCCUCAGAUCCCAUCUCAAGAAGAAGAACAAACCCACAUUUCCCCUGCCUCCAGGACCAUGGAAGCUCCCCAUCAUCGGCAACAUCCACCAACUCGCCGCCUUCUCCGCCGGCGUCCCAAUCCACCGCCGGUUCGCCGAUCUAGCCGAGCAGUACGGACCCAUUAUGCACCUCAAGCUCGGCGAAACGUCAAACGUCAUCAUAUCAUCCCCUGAAUCAGCCAGAGAGUUCCUCAGAACCCACGACCAGAACUUCGCCGCCAGACCUUACCUGCCGUCGGCGGACAUCAUCUUCUACGGAUCGAAAGACAUCGCGUUCUGCUCCGAAGGAGAUUAUUGGCGGCAGAUGCGGAAGAUCCUCACGAUGGAGCUCUUGACGGACAAGCGAGUGAAGUCUUUCCGGCCGAUUCUUGAAGCAGAGGCGAGCAAGCUGAUGAAUCUGAUUGGUAGCGAGCCUGCUGGAGGAGUGGUGAACCUUAGCCGGCUGCUGGUGUCGGUGGGGAACGCGAUGACGUCGAGAACGGCGUUUGGGAAGAUCCGGGGACUGGAGGGAUCUUUCUUGCCGGUGAUUCAUCGAAUCCUUCAAGCUCUUGGUGGGUUCAGCGUAGGGGACAUCUUCCCUUCCAACAGGUUGUUGCGUCUGAUCAGUGGAACAGAGAGACACCUAAAGAAGCUUCACCAAGAAGCAGAUGUCAUCCUCCAAGGAAUAAUCGAUGAGCACGUAUCGAGGAGAAGAAAUAGAGAAACAGAGCAUCUUGACAAAGCAGUAGCAACUGGAGGAGAAGAAGAAGAAGAUCUCGUCGAUGUGCUCUUGGCUUGCACUGACAACCACCUCGAGGUUAAAGCCGUGAUCUUGGUACGUAUUUAUGACAUAUUCUUGGCUGGUGGUGACACUUCCCCUGUUACUGUGGAAUGGGCCAUGUCUGAAUUGAUGAAGAACCCAGAAAAGAUGAACAAAGUACAGAGAGAGGUGAGAGAGAUGUUUGACAAAAGAGGGAAAGUAGUAGAUGAUGCGUGCUUCAACGAACUACAUUAUCUCAAAUCAGUCGUGAAGGAGACAUUCAGAUUGCAUCCUCCUGUUCCUCUGUCGAUUCCGAGAGAAGGUCGAGAAACGGUUGUGAUCAAUGGAUGUCAAAUACCAGCAAAGACGAGGAUCAUUGUUAAUUCUUGGGCCAUCGGUCGAAACUCCUCACACUGGACCCAACCAGAUCAAUUUAUACCAGAAAGAUUCCUCAACUCUUCCAUCGAUUAUAAGGGUAAUGACUUCCAACUUAUCCCAUUUGGCGCUGGAAGGAGAAUGUGCCCAGGCAUGAACUAUGGAAUUUUCGUUGUUUAUCUUUUACUCGCAAAUUUGCUAUAUCAUUUCGACUGGAAGCUCCCAAACCAAAUCAAACCUCAAGAUCUUGACAUGUCUGAAGAUUCCGGAGGUACGGUUCCGCGCAAAAAUAACUUGUAUCUCAAUUCCAUCCCUUAUCAUGCGCCUUAAAGUAGAUCCCUUCCCUCAAAAUCAUAAAGAUGAGUAUCAUGGAUCAUUCCACCCUAGUUUUCCAUAGUAGUGGGAAGUUGUUAGUUGGUAAUGAAUUAAGGGGUCGCUUGGAAGUUGCGAUUGUUAGUGUUGUAUUUGUUAAAUACAUGCAUUGUUCACAAUACAACGUUUGGAAGUGUCAAGUUGCAAAAGAAUGCAUGAAUUGUUUUGUGUGGGUCCCACCAACAAUCAACAAAAAUGAGGGAUUGUACAAUCUCAACUAAAAGUUGAGAUUGUUGUGAUUGUUGGUUUAAUAAUUGAGCACAUUUACUUUUUCCAAUUAUGUACAUAGUUCUUUUUGUUUUAUAUUAAAA